UCCCUGUUACCAUUCCAUCUAGCAGUUUCUGGACGUUGUCAUAUCCUAGAUGACCCAAACGUUUGUGCCACAGCUCCAUCGACUGACAUUGCUUUAUCUGGACCAUCGCAGACAGUGAAAGAGGAGUUCUCUGUAGCUGCAGGACAACUUAAGCAUGAUAUGUCAGAUGUACGGUUUGGCCAAGUUGAUAUCACCCAGGAAAAAGAUCUUGGGAAGGAAUUUAAAAUCAAGGAAUUUCCAACAUUUAAACUUUUUGUCAAUGGUGACAGGAAAAACCCAACAGACUGCAAAGGAGUUAGAACAGCCUCUGCCUUUGUGACUUGGAUAAGCAGAAGAGUGGGACCUAGCUCUGUGUUAAUUAACACCACUAGCCAUUAUGAAUCUUUUAUUCAGUCAGAUAAAGUCACGGUUGUUGGAUUUUUUAAGGAUCCAGGGAAUAAGCUGUCCGAUCACUUCUCAGAAGCUGCAAGAGAUGUCCCAGAGUUUCCUUUUGGUCUUGUCAGUAAUGAAGAUGUUUUGUUACAUGUUGGUAUAACCGGGAAUAUGGUUGCAGUAUACAACAAGGAUAAACCUGUUCAUUAUUUGAUAUCGGAAGAGGAAAUUGAAAGUACAUUGGACCUAAUCCGAUUAAUUCGUACCUACAUCAUGGAUGUGGUAACAGAGUAUAAUUUGGAGACAUCUGUGUCUAUUUUUGAUGUCCCCAUCAACAGUCACAUUCUACUCUUCACAUCAAAAACAUCAGCCACCUUUAACACAAUGUAUGAAAACUAUGAAUCGGCUGCCCUGGAGUUUAGGGGAAGGAUUGUCUUUGUUUUGGUUGACACUGAUGAAACGCGUAAUGGACGACUUUUUGAGUAUUUCCGUAUCACAGAGGUUGAUACCCCAGCAAUUCGGAUUCUAAACCUAACAACUGAUGAGAAGUACAGAAUGCCGGCUGAUGACGUCAGUUUGGAAAAUAUCAGACAAUUUUGCCAGAAUUACUUGGAUGGAAAGGCCAAGCCACAGCGAGACAGUGAAGAUAUCCCCAGUGACUGGGAUAAACAUGCUGUAAAAGUGCUGGUGGGAAAGAACUUCAACAAAGUUGUUUUUAAUAAAUCCACUAAUGCUUUUGUCAUGUUUUAUGCUCCCUGGUCCAUAAAAUGCAAGGAGCUUUUUCCAGUAUGGGAAGAAUUAGGAAAAAGAUACCUAAAUAACAAAAAUGUGACCAUCGCCAAAAUAGACUGUACAGCUAAUGACAUCCAGCUCAUAGUUCUGGAUCGCUACCCCUAUUUCCGGUUCUUCCCUGCUGGAUCAGAUACCAAGUCUGUUCGCUAUACGGGAGAAAAGACUAUUGAAGCAUUCACAGAAUUCUUAGAAAAUGAGCUAAUAACAUCAUAUAAGGAAGAAGAGGAGUCAGGACAAUCAUCAAAUGAAGACAAUGUGAAGCUGAAGAAAGAAGAACUUUAGGAACUUAAACCUCUCAAUAACUCCACAUUUUUUAUUAUUUAAAAAAACUGCAUGUAAAGCAAAA